UUUUCUUCUACUUGAUCUAUAAUUGUCAAUUUAUCAGUAUUUAGUAUUUACAAAUUGUAGUUGAUAACUUGAUAAUUCUUCAUUCUUCAAAAAGUUAUAUCACAUACACUACAAAACAGCAAAGUUUAACCAUAUUAGAUUAAGGAUUCAGUUGUAAACUAUAAAUAAUGUCUCCGAAGGUUACCAAAAUCAAACUCAACAAUGGUAUGGAACUGCCAAUGAUUGGUCUUGGAACUUAUGCAAGAAAAUGGGAUGCAGGGGAUUGCCAACAAGCUGUGGAGUGUGGCAUAGACUUAGGCUACAGGCACAUUGACACUGCAUCUGCAUAUAAGAAUGAAGAGGAGGUGGGACAGGGCAUACUUAACAAGAUUAAAAAUGGAAAUGUAUCUCGUAAUGACCUUUUUGUUACAACUAAGUUGUGGAACAAUAAUCAUGGACAGAAUGAAGUAGUUCCGGCAUUGAAAGAAUCUUUAGAAAAACUGAAACUAGAUUAUGUGGACUUGUAUUUAGUUCAUUGGCCUAUCUCAAUCAAUAAUAACGGAGAAGACAAAGGGACAGACUACUUAGAAACUUGGUUGGGAAUGGAACAGGCUUUACAGUUUGGUCUCACCAAAGCAAUCGGUGUUUCUAAUUUUAAUGAAGAACAACUGGACCGACUGCUCAAAGUAGCUAAAGUUAAACCUGUUGUCAAUCAAAUUGAGAUCAACCCCACUCUAACUCAACAUAAAUUGGUGGACUUCUGCAAGAGUUCAAACGUUCAAGCGGUGGCUUACACCCCUCUGGGACUCAUAUCCGAUGCUCGGCCUGAGUAUGCACAUCUCGAUCGGAUCAAGACUGAUCCAAAAUUAGAAGCAUUAGCUGCCAAGUAUGGCAAAACUCGGGCCCAGAUAGCACUGAGAUACUUGGUUCAACGUGGUAUCGUGGUUAUCCCGAAGUCUUUUACGAAAUCCCGUAUGGAGGAGAACUUGAAUAUUUUCGAGUUCGAACUGAGCGAUGACGAAAUGGCGCUAGUGGACAGCUUCAACAUUGACCAUCGGUGUGUGCCGGCCACUUCCUUCGCUCACCAUAAGCAUUACCCCUUUUAGUGUAAUUUUGGGCAAUGUUAUGGGGUUUCGGGAUAGCCAGUGAAUGUAUUCUAGUAGGGCUUCGAAUUGAAAACCAAUGCUUACCUUAAGAUGCAGUAAGCUGUCUCUCUCUUUAGAGAUUUUAUAUGUAACGCGAGAAGAUGGUUGUGAUUUAAAGAUCCCCAGCUGUGAUAGACUUCAAUUUAAGGUAAAUGCUAUUAUAUUUUGUUCAUUUGGUGAUAAUAAAAUUUGUUUUUAUCCUG